UGGGAACUUCUUCAAUCUGAGGUCCUUCCUCUGGGAAUUCUUCGUCAACGGGCCUUGGCUCCUGGACUUCGGUGACCUUCUCGAUGAUUUCGACAACGCCACCCUUCUUGGUCUUCUUGAUGAUCUUCUUCUUUUUCUUCUUGCCAGGUUGCUCCUUGUCUUCAAUGAUCUCUUCGGUAGUGACGGUCUCCUCAGUGGGAACUUCUUCAAUCUGAGGUCCUUCCUCUGGGAAUUCUUCGUCAACGGGCCUUGGCUCCUGGACUUCGGUGACCUUCUCGAUGAUUUCGACAACGCCACCCUUCUUGGUCUUCUUGAUGAUCUUCUUCUUUUUCUUCUUGCCAGGUUCCUCCUUGUCUUCAAUGAUCUCUUCGGUAGUGACGGUCUCCUCAGUGGGAACUUCUUCAAUCUGAGGUCCUUCCUCUGGGAAUUCUUCGUCAACGGGCCUUGGCUCCUGGACUUCGGUGACCUUCUCGAUGAUUUCGACAACGCCACCCUUCUUGGUCUUCUUGAUGAUCUUCUUCUUUUUCUUCUUGCCAGGUUGCUCCUUGUCUUCAAUGAUCUCUUCGGUAGUGACGGUCUCCUCAGUGGGAACUUCUUCAAUCUGAGGUCCUUCCUCUGGGAAUUCUUCGUCAACGGGCCUUGGCUCCUGGACUUCGGUGACCUUCUCGAUGAUUUCGACAACGCCACCCUUCUUGGUCUUCUUGAUGAUCUUCUUCUUUUUCUUCUUGCCAGGUUGCUCCUUGUCUUCAAUGAUCUCUUCGGUAGUGACGGUCUCCUCAGUGGGAACUUCUUCAAUCUGAGGUCCUUCCUCUGGGAAUUCUUCGUCAACGGGCCUUGGCUCCUGGACUUCGGUGACCUUCUCGAUGAUUUCGACAACGCCACCCUUCUUGGUCUUCUUGAUGAUCUUCUUCUUUUUCUUCUUGCCAGGUUGCUCCUUGUCUUCAAUGAUCUCUUCGGUAGUGACGGUCUCCUCAGUGGGAACUUCUUCAAUCUGAGGUCCUUCCUCUGGGAAUUCUUCGUCAACGGGCCUUGGCUCCUGGACUUCGGUGACCUUCUCGAUGAUUUCGACAACGCCACCCUUCUUGGUCUUCUUGAUGAUCUUCUUCUUUUUCUUCUUGCCAGGUUGCUCCUUGUCUUCAAUGAUCUCUUCGGUAGUGACGGUCUCCUCAGUGGGAACUUCUUCAAUCUGAGGUCCUUCCUCUGGGAAUUCUUCGUCAACGGGCCUUGGCUCCUGGACUUCGGUGACCUUCUCGAUGAUUUCGACAACGCCACCCUUCUUGGUCUUCUUGAUGAUCUUCUUCUUUUUCUUCUUGCCAGGUUGCUCCUUGUCUUCAAUGAUCUCUUCGGUAGUGACGGUCUCCUCAGUGGGAACUUCUUCAAUCUGAGGUCCUUCCUCUGGGAAUUCUUCGUCAACGGGCCUUGGCUCCUGGACUUCAGUGACCUUCUCGAUGAUUUCGACAACGCCACCCUUCUUGGGUGCUCCUUGUUCUUCAAUGAUCUCUUCGUAGUGACGUCCUUCCUCAGUGGUGAAUCUUCAUCUGAGGUCCUUCUUAUGGAAUUCUUCGUCAACGGGGUCCUCUUGUCUUCAAUGAUCUAUUCGGCAGUGACGGUCUCCUCAGCUGGGAACUUACUUCAAUUGAGGUCCUUCCUCUGGGAAUUCUUCGUCAACGGGCCUUGGCUCCGGGACUUCAGUGACCUUCUCGAUGAUUUCGACAACGCCACCCUUCUUGGUCUUCUUGAUGAUCUUCUUCUUUUUCUUCUUGCCAGGUUGCUCCUUGUCUUCAAUGAUCUCUUCGGUAGUGACGGUCUCCUCAGUGGGAACUUCUUCAAUCUGAGGUCCUUCCUCUGGGAAUUCUUCGUCAACGGGCCUUGGCUCCUGGACUUCGGUGACCUUCUCGAUGAUUUCGACAACGCCACCUUUCUUGGUUUUCUUGAUGAUCUUCUUCUUUUUCUUCUUGCCAGGUUCCUCCUUGUCUUCAAUGAUCUCUUCGGUAGUGACGGUCUCCUCAGUGGGAACUUCUUCAAUCUGAGGUCCUUCCUCUGGGAAUUCUUCGUCAACGGGCCUUGGCUCCUGGACUUCGGUGACCUUCUCGAUGAUUUCGACAACGCCACCCUACUUGGUCUUCUUGAUGAUCUUCUUCUUUUUCUUCUUGCCAGGUUGCUCCUUGUCUUCAAUGAUCUCUUCGGUAGUGACGGUCUCCUCAGUGGGAACUUCUUCAAUCUGAGGUCCUUCCUCUGGGAAUUCUUCGUCAACGGGCCUUGGCUCCGGGAAUUCAGUGACCUUCUCGAUGAUUUCGACAACGCCACCCUUCUUGGUCUUCUUGAUGAUCUUCUUCUUUUUCUUCUUGCCAGGUUGCUCCUUGUCUUCAAUGAUCUCUUCGGUAGUGACGGUCUCCUCAGUGGGAACUUCUUCAAUCUGAGGUCCUUCCUCUGGGAAUUCUUCGUCAACGGGCCUUGGCUCCGGGACUUCAGUGACCUUCUCGAUGAUUUCGACAACGCCACCCUUCUUGGUCUUCUUGAUGAUCUUCUUCUUUUUCUUCUUGCCAGGUUGCUCCUUGUCUUCAAUGAUCUCUUCGGUAGUGACUGUCUCCUCAGUGGGAACUUCUUCAAUCUGAGGUCCUUCCUCUGGGAAUUCUUCGUCAACGGGCCUUGGCUCCUGGACUUCGGUGACCUUCUCGAUGAUUUCGACAACGCCACCCUUCUUGGUCUUCUUGAUGAUAUUCUUCUUUUUCUUCUUGCCAGGUUGCUCCUUGUCUUCAAUGAUCUCUUCGGUAGUGACGGUCUCCUCAGUGGGAACUUCUUCAAUCUGAGGUCCUUCCUCUGGGAAUUCUUCGUCAACGGGCCUUUGCUCCUGGACUUCGGUGACCUUCUCGAUGAUUUCGACAACGCCACCCUUCUUGGUCUUCUUGAUGAUCUUCUUCUUUUUCUUCUUGCCAGGUUGCUCCUUGUCUUCAAUGAUCUCUUCGGUAGUGACGGUCUCCUCAGUGGGAACUUCUUCAAUCUGAGGUCCUUCUUCUGGGAAUUCUUCGUCAACGGGCCUUGGCUCCUGGACUUCGGUGACCUUCUCGAUGAUUUCGACAACGCCACCCUUCUUGGUCUUCUUGAUGAUCUUCUUCUUUUUCUUCUUGCCAGGUUCCUCUUUGUCCUCAAUGAUUUGCUCUGUGAUUUCUAUAUCCUCGAUUUCUUCUUGAAUGUCCCUGUCUUUUGUGUGAUCUGUGUGUGUAAUUUUUUCUUUCUGUUUUUUCCUUAUUCGCUCUGGUUUUGUUUCUUUUGUCGACUUGUCUUCCAAUUCGAUUUUGCGGUUGUCUUCUUCAAUUUGGUCUGCAAAAUUUUUUUUCAAGAAUAUAGGUGUGAACAGAGAAAUCUACGCUAG